UUAAUUGGGUCCUGCCGUUGUCACACAUCUUUAAACUCUUUGAGAGCCAUCUCAAUGAAAUAAAACUUAAGAGCGCGUUUUGUUUCGGACCUUUGUGACUUGACCCUUCUUGCUUCAAAACUAUGCUUAUAUACAGAUAACUCGCCAGUUCCUAAUCCAGCGUGAUCGUGGCCUCAGAAUGCCCAAAAAUACAAGUCUGGACCUUGUUUCCAUCCUUGUAAGUUUUGGAUGUAUCUGAAGCGACUCUGAAAAAUUUACACCGUGAGCAGUACUCUAGUCAGCUCUUUAAUUUUGGUUACAAAAGUUCUUACUGUGUUCCAGCCUUUUCUCAUUAUCUCAUUUUGAGAUACUAACUCUGCUUUUGACCUUGGCUAAAUCCCAUUAAUUUUUUUAGAAUGUCACUUUGUCACAGAGGCCAGCCACCUCACACCUACCUUCACAGUUUCACUUAGGUCUCUCUUAUGUGGAGUUAGAUAUAUUUCUUUUUAUGGCCAUCACCUCAGUUGCCCUUGUACAUAUCUAUACUAAGGCCAUUUUUUAAAAAUGCCUGGCCUCCCAAGAGACGAAGCUCUGCCCAGGGGAACUAGUGUGCCUAAUGCCUCAUGUGAUUGAGUCAGUAACAGUUUGUUAAUGCGUGAUUUAUUUCACCUCUGAAACUUUAAUGCUUUGAUCAAAUCCUUUAAAUUUACAUCGUCUCUCCCCCAGCCCCCAAGUACAUGUGUACACACACACCAGCUCUCUUCUGGCUGUAGCUAGAAGCUAAAUGGCUUUUUUGCCCUCUUCCAGUUCCUUUCAGAUCAAAAACAAAAAUAAAAAACCCCCAUCCCACUGUGAACUCCAAGCUGUUACUUCAGCUGCUCUUCUUGGUACCUUUCCAUUCUUACUCCUUUGUUCUAGCACUUCUCUGCCCAACCUAAGGAAUGGCAUUUCCCCACAGCCUGCUGGUUACAGGAGGAGGGGACUGCAGCCUUGGAGUGUUGCCAAUGCAUCGUUUUGGGAAGCACACACCUGCUAUUCAUGUCUCAGUGCCAGACACCUUCUCACGCCUCCCCCAGCCCAUCCCAACUUUGACUGACUAAGGAGUUGUCUUCUCUGUCAACUCACUUUCGCAUCUCUGGGCACUGGGCACCACUCUCCAGCUAGAGGCAGGGGAAUGUGCUGUACCUUCUGGUCACUGCUCUCCUGGAUCUUCCUUGCUUGCUGCACAGUUUUCUGUUCACGUCAUCUCCAAAGGACAGUAUAUUGUUUUCCUGCUGUGCGUGUGUGCGUGUGCGUGUGUGUGUAUUUUUUGUUUUGUUUUGUUUUCCUCUUUACUUUCCAGCAAAACCUCGGGUUAUUUAUCACCCUUUCUUCCUUGGGUAGUCAAGGCCCUUAAAGCUGCCUUCUUGUGGCCUUUGCCUUGCUGCCUGCUGACCUCAGACAGUCUGGUUUUUAGUUUCUGUGUCUGUCGAUCUGCUGCAUUCAACUAUUCACACACCCCUGUCCCCCUUGUUCUUGUUGCUUAUUUUCAAACAGUAUAGCUGUGUGGCUCGGGCUGGCCUAGAACUUGCUGUGCGACUUCACCCUCUCCAGGGCUGGAAUUACAGCAUGUGCUGCCAUGUCCAAUGAGAAACUUCUUUUACUGGUAUCCCCAGUGAGCUGCCAGAGUCCAAACCCGCUUUUCUUCUCUAAUCUAGUCAUUCAUUUCUUUUAUUACUUCACCCUGUUUUAAAAAUCAGCUUCCUUAAAAUUUUAUUUGUAAAUUUAUUUUUGAUUAAAGUGCUAUUAAUAAUUUUGGUUAAAUUGACACAUUUUUACUUAAAAAUAAAUCCCUUUAUACAUGAAGGAUGAAGUUCCUUUAAACUCUUCGUAUCUGAGGAUGUUUUUAUUCCAGCUCUUACAGGCAGGCUCUGAACCAGAACUCCACCCUUCUAUUGGAGGGUGACUUUUCCUUUGAAGAUAAUCAGAAAGACCCCAAAGGGAGGAAUACUCUCUUUUUAUCAUCACCCUCCUCAGUGACGAUCUCUGGUACCUGUCAGAGCUUUGGGGCCUCUGGGGCUUCUUGUUUUUAGAACUGUAUCUACGUCUGUCCAGCUUUUCCCUUCCCUCUUGGCCCCAGAUUUGCAUGUUAUGCGGUGCAUCAGUAUUGUGACUUGGCCCCAGAUUUGCAUGUUAUGCGGUGCACCAGUAUUGUGACUUGGCCCCAGAUUUGCAUGUUAUGCGGUGCACCAGUAUUGUGACUUGGACCCAGCUUUGCACAUUAUGCGGUGCAUCAGUAUUGUGACUUGGAUCCAGCUUUGCACGUUAUGCGGUGCACCAGUAUUGUGACUUGGACCCAGACUUGCAUGUUAUGCGGUGCAUCAGUAUUGUGAUUUGCCGUAAACUCAGCAACCCCCACUUGAGCUUCCUGUCUGCCACCUUUCUGAGAGUCAUUGUGAUUGAAUCCACUUGUGACUCAGUCUCCCAGACUGCCCCUUUUAUUUCAGACUCCUGUGUAAACAUCAUUUCCUUUCAGCAGAUAUUGACCCAUACAAUUGUUCCCCUCUUCUUCCACAUGGAUCCCUGAGUCUUGAGGGUAGAGAUUUGGUGACUGCAUUUGACAUGAAUGUAUGUUUGAGGAUUUUUCACUUAAUCUUCGAGUUUCUGAUAUGCUCCAUUUACCAGAUGCAGUUGAGCUUAGAAGUUCCUGGUGUGAUUCCUAUAGUUCUCACAUUCCUGAUGAGUGCAUUGCACAGUUGGCCAGGCUGCUCUGACACCAAGCUUCUGUGCCACAGCCCAGUGAAGGCGCUAACUGGCCAGACAGCAACUGGGUCAUUUUAUCUGUUUUAGGACAUUUUGUGACUGUCACUUAGGAUUGGGCCACUGUCUUUUCAGGUGGCUGCCAUGUGGCCGUUGUUGCUGUUUCUGUAUUUAUUUUGUUAGCUUUUCUUGUUUAUCACCAUUUGUUCUCUCUCUCUCUCUCUUUUUUUUAAGAUUUUAUUUAUUUUAUAUAUGACAGUACACUGUUGCUGUCUUCAGACACACCAGAAGAAGUCAUCAGAUCCCAUUACAGAUGGUUGUGAGUCACCAUGUGGUUGCUGGGAUUUGAACUCAGGACCCCUGGAAGAGCGGUCAGUGCUCUUAACCGCUGAGCCAUCUCUCCAGCCCCACCAUUUGUUCUCUUUAAAGAAUUUGUAGAGGAUGCCCCAUGAGGAAAUCCCCAACUCCACUCAACCUCAGGGCCAAGACUGGUUACCAGGUCAGCAUGUCAGUGCUGACAGAGACAUACCAGCUGGGCAGGAGACUGCUGGGGACUCAGAGGCGGGGAAGUGCCUCUCCUCUCCUUCCUGUGACCAUGGGCCGUCCACAUCUGCUGAAGCUUGUGUACUGGCAGCCACAAGGUGGGGGCCCGCCCUGCUGCACAUCGACCGGCAUCAGAUUCCUGCGGUGGAGCCCAGUGCUCAGGCCCUGGAGCUGCAGGGCCUGGGUGUGGACGUCUACGACCAGGCCGUCCUGGAGGAAGGUGUGCUUCAGCAGGUGGACAGUGCAAUGCAUGAGGCCAGCCGUGUGGCCCAGCGUGCUGAUGCGGAGAAAGAGUAUCAGUCAGUCCUGGACGACCUCAUGUCAUGUACAACAUCCCUGAGGCAAAUCAAUAAAAUUAUAGAGCAACUUAGCCCUCAAGCUGCCAGCAACAGAGACAUCAACAGGAAACUAGAUUCUGUGAAACGACAGAAGUACAACAAGGAACAACAGCUAAAGAAGAUAACUGCAAAACAGAAACGUCUCCAGGCCAUUCUCGGAGGAGCGGAGGUCCAUGUGGAACUGGAUCAUGGCAGCUUAGAGGAGGAAGAUGCAGAGCCAGGCCCAUCAUGUCUCGGCAGUAUGCUCAUGCCUGCCCAGGAGAGCGCCUGGGAAGAACUUAUCCGCACUGGCCAGAUGACACCGUUCGGUACCCCAGCCCCUCAGAAACAGGAGAAAAAGCCUAGAAAAAUAAUGCUCAAUGAAGCAUCAGGCUUUGAAAAAUAUUUGGCAGACCAAGCACAACUUUCUUUUAAAAGGAAAAAACAAGCUGCUAAUAAAAGAACAGCUAAAAAAGCUGUGGUUGUAUCUGAGUCAAGCCGAGGACCAAAUGAAACUAAGCCAAACCAGAGAAGCCAAGCGCUCUCUCAGACAGACAAGCGCCUGAAGAAGCACAUCAGGAAGCUCCAGAGGAGGGCGCUGCAGUUCCAGGGCAAAGUGGGAUUGCAAAGGGGGAAGAGACCUCUGGAGCCUGAGGAGAGGCCAGGGGCAGAGGGAGACACUGAGGGUGAGGAGUCUGGGUCCUCUCCCACUGAUGGGGAGGAAGAGGAAGAACAAGAGGAGGAAGGGGUAGCCGUUCUGUCUUCCGAUGACAUUAGCUAUGAACUGAAGCCUCUUCGGAAAGGACAAAAAUACGAGAAGAAAGUCCCAGUGCAGGAGAUCGACGAUGACUUCUUUCCAAGUUCUGAGGAGGAAGAUGAAGCUGUGGAAGGAAGAGGAGGAGGCCGCAAGGUCUCCAGGCGCCCAGACGAUGGAGAUGAGGAUUAUUAUAAACAACGAUUAAGGAGGUGGAAUAGGCUGAGGCUGCAGGACAAAGAGAAGCUGAAGCUUGAAGACGAUUCUGAGGAGAGCGAUGCUGAGUUUGACGAAGGUUUCAAAGUGCCGGGUUUUCUGUUCAAAAAGCUCUUUAAGUAUCAGCAGACAGGUGUUAGGUGGCUGUGGGAAUUGCACUGCCAGCAGGCAGGAGGAAUUCUGGGAGACGAAAUGGGAUUGGGCAAGACCAUCCAGAUAAUUGCCUUCUUGGCAGGUCUGAGCUACAGCAAGAUCAGGACUCGCGGUUCAAAUUACAGGUUCGAGGGACUCGGCCCCACUCUCAUUGUCUGCCCAACGACAGUGAUGCAUCAGUGGGUGAAAGAAUUCCACACGUGGUGGCCUCCAUUCAGAGUGGCGAUUCUGCACGAAACAGGCUCCUGUGCCCACAGAAAGGAGAGGCUGGUUCGAGAUAUUGUUCAUUGUCAUGGAGUUUUGAUAACUUCGUAUUCCUACAUUCGACUGAUGCAAGACGACAUUAGCAGGCAUGACUGGCACUACGUCAUCUUAGACGAAGGACAUAAAAUUCGAAAUCCAAAUGCUGCAGUCACCCUUGCUUGCAAACAGUUCCGGACACCCCAUCGGAUCAUCUUGUCGGGCUCACCGAUGCAGAAUAACCUGCGAGAGCUGUGGUCACUCUUCGACUUUACCUUCCCAGGAAAGCUAGGCACGUUGCCUGUGUUCAUGGAGCAGUUCUCUGUCCCCAUCACCAUGGGGGGGUACUCCAAUGCUUCCCCAGUACAGGUUAAAACUGCCUAUAAGUGUGCGUGUGUCUUGAGAGACACGAUAAACCCGUACCUACUGCGAAGAAUGAAAUCAGAUGUCAAGAUGAGCCUUUCGCUGCCAGAUAAAAAUGAACAGGUCUUAUUUUGCCGUCUAACUGAUGAGCAGCAUAAAGUCUACCAGAAUUUCAUCGAUUCCAAAGCAGUUUACAGGAUUCUCAAUGGAGAGAAUCAGAUUUUCUCUGGACUUGUAGCUCUGAGGAAGAUCUGCAACCACCCUGACCUCUUUUCUGGCGGUCCCAAGAACACCAGUGCUCUUCCAGAGGAUGGACUGGAGGAGGAGCAGUUCGGAUACUGGAAACGCUCUGGGAAAAUGAUUGUUGUUGAGUCUUUGCUGAAAAUCUGGCACAAGCAGGGUCAGCGGGUGCUGCUGUUUUCCCAGUCAAGGCAGAUGCUGCACAUACUGGAAGUGUUCCUGAGAGCCCACAAGUAUUCCUAUCUCAAGAUGGAUGGGACCACUACCAUAGCAUCCAGGCAGCCGCUGAUUACAAAAUACAAUGAGGACACGUCCAUCUUUGUCUUUCUUCUGACCACACGGGUGGGCGGCUUAGGAGUGAACCUGACCGGGGCCAACAGAGUCAUCAUCUACGACCCUGACUGGAAUCCAAGCACCGACACACAGGCACGGGAGCGAGCAUGGAGGAUCGGCCAGAAGAAGCAGGUGACUGUCUACAGGCUUCUGACGGCCGGCACCAUAGAGGAAAAGAUCUAUCACCGACAAAUCUUCAAGCAAUUUUUGACAAACAGAGUGCUAAAAGACCCUAAACAAAGGCGCUUUUUCAAGUCCAAUGAUCUCUAUGAGCUGUUUACUCUGACUAGUCCUGAUGCCUCCCAGGGCACUGAAACAAGUGCUAUUUUUGCAGGAACCGGAUCUAAUAUUCAGACACUGAAAUGCCAUUUUAAAAAGAGGACUCCGCCAGUCCUACAAAUGGAUCCCAAACGCAAGAAGCCCCUGGUUUCUGACACAUCUGUAAAUGGUGCCACUGUGAUGGAAGAAAAAUCUCAGGGGUCAGGAGCUACGGGCAGUGUCCCUUCUACAGAAAGUGGCCCUUUGAAAAGUGACCGUCACACAGAUGGGAGCAGAGCCAGCAGUGUUGGUUUUGGAGAAGAGGCAGAUGCAGGGUCCACGCUGGAGCAUCUCUCAGGGCUGAGUGGAGAUUCUCCAGCAGUUGACCACACAUCCAGGCUGUCAGCUGUGGCGAGCACCAGUGAGAAGCAGGGCUCUUCCUAUGAAGGGGAGUGCUGCCAGGCUCAGACGGGACCUGUUCACCUGAGUGAACAAACGGAAGGUCAUUUCUCUAAGCACAAAUCAAAAAGGAAACAUGAUGCAGCGGAGGAAGAGACCACAGAGAAGUGUCCACAGCCCAAGCAAAAGGCCAAGAACUCCAGGCAUCACAGAGAUGCUAAGUUUGAGGGAACUCGAGUCCCACACCUGGUGAAGAAGAGGCGGUACCAUCAGCAAACCACUGAGCAGGAGAGCGGAGCCAAGGACCGGAGCAGUGAUGAUUAUGUUUUGGAAAAGCUUUUCAAAAAAUCAGUGGGCGUGCACAGCGUCGUGAAGCAUGAUGCCAUCAUAGAUGGGUCCAGUCCGGAUUAUGUGCUGGUGGAGGCAGAAGCCAACAGAGUGGCUCAGGAUGCCUUGAAAGCUCUGAGGCUCUCUCGUCAGCAGUGCCUGGGGGCAACAUCUGGUGUUCCCACCUGGACUGGCCACAGGGGUAUUUCCGGUGCACCAGCAGGAGUAAAGAAAAGGUUCGGUCAGAAAAGGAACUCCAGCCUCCCUGUGCAGCGUCCUUCGUCGCUAACAGAGAGAACUCAGAACAUGAAGAAGGAGGGGGAAGCUCACACCGCUGAGCACUUCAGUGGCAAAGAAGAUGGAGCAUCGUCGUCUGGAGCCCCCAGUUCCUCCUCGCUCUUGGCCAGAAUGCGAGCACGAAACCACAUGAUUUUGCCGGAGCGUUUGGAGAGUGACGGCGAGCAGCUUGCUGGGGCUGCGGCUGCGGCUGCGCCUCCCUGCAGCACAGAGCACGACGCCCUUCUGGUGGACAUGAGGAACUUCAUUGCUUUCCAGGCUCAGGUGGAUGGCCAGGCCAGCACUCAGGAAAUCCUACAGGCGUUCGAAUCCAAGCUGUCUGUGGCACAGUCCUGUGUCUUCCGAGAACUACUGAGGAAUCUGUGCAAUUUCCAUAGAACUCCUGGUGGUGAAGGGAUUUGGAAACUGAAGCCAGAGUACUGCUAACAGUGCUGCUUCCUGAACUUUUUCAAAUAGGAAUCUUGGCUCGUGUGUGUGUGUGUGUGUGUGUGUGUGUGUGUGUGUGUGUGUGUGUGUGUGUAAGUGUAUAAGAGUAUAGCUGCACUUGGUGUUUACUGUGUCAUCUACCUCAAGACUAAAACUUGAAGAAGAAAAUAAUUGGAGGGUUUUUGUUUGGUUUGGUUUUCUUUUGGUGGCACUAUGAAUUGUUAUAAAACCAGGGACCUAGCAGUUGUUUAAUGGAGCAAAUACAUUACUUAACCCAAGAGAUGCUGUCAGGGAGCACAUUCUGUCUAAGAGUAGAUCUUGAUUCUUCUUAUUGGUGCUGGGAACGUGUCUUCUCUUUAUCCACGCCAUCCCAUAGGGGACUUCACGGUAUCUGAUAACCUUAGUACCUUGAUACAGUAAGUAUUUAUGACCCACUGGCCACAUACAGAAAGAUCCUUGCUAUCUGUCAAAUCAUUCCCUACGAUUAAUUCUUCACAGUACUUUUAAAGUAGCAGGUUUGGGUUUUACUGUUGGUCUGUUUUAAAUGUUGCUAACGACAGUCUGGUGCCUUGCACGUGCUAAGCGAGCUAAGCGAGCAUGUGCUUCACCACCAGGUUCCAUCCAGUUCAUACAUACGCAUCAACGAAGGACGUCUGGCUUUUCUUCUCUGUCAUCAUUGUGUAAGGAAGGGGGAGGGGUUUGUUUAAAUAGGUCAGUAACGUCUGGACUUCAGCACUUGGCUCAGAAGGCAGUCACACAUUUUUUCUUCUAGUUGUCAGCCUACAGGGGAAUGGCGUUGUUCUUGUCCCAGGCUGACUCCUGAUCUGACUCACUGGUGUGAGCUUUUGUGCUGUGUCUGUAAUGCCUGAGAUCUACGUCAGACUGAGCUGGAGAAGGUAUAAACACCUCUUAGAUGGCAAGUGACCUCCCAUGAGUAAGGGAGGAGUCCAUGGUCCAGCUCUGCCACUGACCUGCCCAGCCUGGGGAGGUUGACUCUGUAAACACGGUUUUCCAGCCAAGCUGGGAAACUCAGAGACCAGUGCUCUAGGUUAAAGUACUUUUUAACAAUGAACAAUACCUUUAUACAUUAAGCUGCAAUCUGAUUUUUUGAACAUGAAAUACUUUGUGUGGUGUAAAUAGAAUUAAUGUGUUAAACAUGUUAAAUAAUUGUAAAUAAAAGACUUUAAAAUUCCA